UACAAGAUGACCGCCCUCGGCUUCUUUAGAUACCAUGUGUAUGGUGAUAAGGAGGAUGACCUCCAACUCUGGCCGAGGAUGACCUCCAACUCUGGCCGAGGAUGACCACCACCUUUGAAGAAGCCGACGGCCCGGACUUGGGCAUUCCUGCUGAGGCCGAUGAUUUUGCGAUGGAUCGUCGUUCCAUAAUGGCUAUUGCCAAGGCCAAAGCGGCCGAGGAGUUGGCUACUAAGGCGGCCGAGGCGGCCAGACGUGCCGAGGCCGAUGGGAGCGGGGCUACUACUGGUGCGGCCCCAAAGCCUGCCCCAUCGAAGAAGAAGAGGCCGGCCACUGACGGCCAGAAAAAAUUAAUUGAAGCCGGCCUGAACGUCUCCAAGAAGACGAAGAGGGCACCGUCUCCUUCUCCGGCUACCGAGGCCGGUACUCUGACUGUCCCGAGCGUGGACGAUGGUGGUCCCGUCGUGGACCUUACUGUUGCUGGCAAUGCUGCCCCAUCGCUUCCUCUCGUCCAGGAACCACGGACGAAGAGGGCCGGCAAGGAGAUUGCCGGUGCUACCUACCAGAAGAUGGUAGAAUACCCCGUCGGCGGGGGUGUGUUCGAUGAUGUCGUCCUUGGCCACGACGUCCUGGCCCAGGCCAUGCCGGCCAAGGAUCGGGCUUACUUGAAGAAGCUCGGGGACGUGAAGAUUUAUGAGGGUGGCAUGGACCUCCUCGUCCAAAGUGCCUUUAUGCUCAUGGAGAGCCAUAAAAGGAAGUACCGGGAGAUAGCUCGCUUGAAGGAGCUGGAGCAGAAGGCUGCCUCGGCCGACGAGGCGGUAGCUUGCCUGGAUCGGCUCCGGGAGGAUGCCAAGGCUCUGCAGCAAAGGGCCGAUGAAGCCGUUGCAGCCAGGGACGAUGCCCUGGCCAAGCUCGAGGAGAGCAAAAGGGGGCUCGAGGAGACCCAAAAGGCGCUGGAGGCCGAGCGGUGCAAAAACGAGGAGGCCGUUAAGGCGAAAGCUGAGGCCGAGGCCGCCGUUGUGAGGGCUGCUGAUGAGGCCGUUGAGACGUUCCUGGCCGAGGGGUGGAAGGCCUAUGAGAGGCUUCCCUGGUGCUACGGGGUGGUGGCCGCCAGGCUUGAGAGUAUUUCAGCAGAGAGAUGGCCGUGUAUUAUAACAUGGGCCAGGAGCGGAUGCAAAGGCUCCUGUGUCGGCGGCUAUCUCGUGCUUUGAAGGCCAUGAAUUACACGUCUAGGUGGGCUAGACGGAACCUGAAGCUUCCAAAGCUGAUGAAGGAUCCUGAAGAGCAGGCCAAGCUUCCGCUGUCGGAGCGCGAGUCCCCCAUUGAAAGCUCCGGCCUUGGCGAGCCGGAUUAUACUGAAUUUUAUUUCCUGGACGAUGCCACCAGCGCUGCAGCCGCUGCCGGCCAGGAGACUGAGGCCGAUGAGGGAGCCGACGAGGCCGAAGAGCCAGCCGCAGAUGGAGGUGCCCCAGAGGCUUGAUCGGCUACUCCUUUGUAGUUAGUUUUUAUUUUUGCCAAAUGAUGUAACGGCCGAAGAGCCCAC